GUGGGAGGAGCCCCGCCGGCGGUUAUAAGGAGGCGCGAGGCGGGCGGGGCCAGGACCUUUUCCACAGAAUGUCUGCGAGUCAAGAGAGCCGCUCCCGAGACAAUGGCCCGGACGGUAUGGACCCCGACGGCGUCAUCGAGAGCAACUGGAACGAGAUUGUCGACAGCUUUGACGAUAUGAACCUGUCGGAGUCCCUUCUGCGAGGAAUCUACGCUUACGGUUUUGAGAAACCCUCUGCUAUCCAACAGCGAGCCAUUCUCCCUUGUAUCAAGGGGUAUGACGUCAUCGCCCAAGCCCAGUCUGGCACUGGGAAGACCGCCACCUUUGCCAUCUCCAUCUUGCAGCAGGUUGAGCUGGAUCUGAAAGCGACCCAGGCCUUGGUGCUGGCCCCGACUAGGGAGCUGGCUCAGCAGAUCCAGAAGGUGGUCAUGGCUCUGGGGGACUACAUGGGGGCCUCUUGCCACGCCUGCAUAGGGGGCACGAACGUCCGGGCUGAAGUUCAGAAGCUGCAGAUGGAAGCGCCCCACAUCAUCGUGGGGACCCCCGGGCGGGUGUUUGACAUGCUGAACAGAAGAUACUUGUCGCCCAAGUUCAUCAAGAUGUUUGUGCUGGACGAAGCCGAUGAAAUGUUGAGCCGAGGCUUCAAGGAUCAGAUUUAUGACAUAUUCCAGAAAUUGAGUGGCAACACACAGGUGGUCCUCCUGUCGGCCACCAUGCCGAUGGACGUGCUGGAGGUAACCAAGAAGUUCAUGCGGGAUCCGAUCCGCAUCCUGGUGAAGAAGGAGGAGCUGACUCUGGAGGGGAUCCGGCAGUUCUACAUUAACGUGGAGAGGGAGGAAUGGAAGCUGGACACCCUUUGCGACCUCUACGAGACCCUGACCAUCACCCAGGCGGUCAUCUUCAUCAACACCCGGAGGAAGGUGGACUGGCUGACGGAGAAGAUGCACGCCCGGGACUUCACCGUCUCGGCCAUGCACGGGGACAUGGACCAGAAGGAGCGUGACGUCAAUUUCCGCUCCGGAUCCAGCCGCGUCCUGAUCACCACCGAUUUGCUGGCCCGAGGGAUCGACGUCCAGCAAGUCUCCCUGGUCAUCAACUACGAUCUCCCCACCAACCGGGAGAACUACAUCCACCGGAUCGGGCGAGGGGGCCGCUUCGGCCGCAAGGGGGUGGCCAUCAACAUGGUGACGGAGGAGGACAAGCGCACCCUGCGCGACAUUGAGACCUUCUACAACACGUCCAUCGAGGAGAUGCCCCUCAACGUGGCCGACCUCAUCUGAGCUGCACCCACCCCCACCCCCCCCUCGGCCGGGGAGGGAGGGGGGGCCACUGUGCCGCCACA